AUGGAUGAAGUUGUCGUUGAAGCGGAAAAUGAAACCGAUGAACCAAGUGAUAUAACCGAUAUUGGCACAGAAACAGUGGAAGAAGGCAACUUGAAUGUUGAUCCGUGGCCACGACUCGGGGAAUUGUUUACUUUUUCAUCUCAAUCGUCUGACAAGAAGAAUUUACUUUUCAAGUGCGAAUUAUGCCCACCAUCAAAAAAGCCAUUCUCGACUUACAAAACAUCGCAUUCGAACCUUCGAAAACAUAUAAAGGUAAGGGACAAAAAUGGGCAACAAAUAUGAUCGAUGAUGCAAUUUUAAUAUACUUAAGGAGGCUCCCUACAGUUUCCAAUAUAAUUAUGGCAGUGUUUUAAAUUAAACUAAAAGCUAUUUGAAUCUAAAACCCCUAAUUUUUUGCACAAGCCAUUGUUUCCUUUUAUAUAGAAGGGUAAUUUAACCCACAAUCGCUACUCUUCACGUUACCAUGACAACAUGCCGUCACUAUCUAUAUGGCCUACAUGAACCGGAAAAGCCGCCUUAGCGGACAAAUAAGCGCGGUGAUCUACCUUUUUUAUUGCAGAAAACACAUUGUCAUGAAGUUUUGAAUCUUUUUUGAAAGUAAUUUGAAAAUCGCCAGUGUAGUUUUCGAGAUACUGAAUUUUAGCCUUUUAGAUUGCAUUUUAGCCUUUGGAAAGGCUGAAAUUCAGUUUCUCGAAAACUACACUGGCGAUUUUCAAUAAACUUUCAGAAAAGAUUCAAAACUUCAUAACAAGGUAUUUUCUGCAAUAAAAAAGGUAGGUCACCGUGCUUAUUUGUCCGCUAAGGCGGCUUUUUUGGUUGAUUUAAGCCGUAUAGAUGGUGAUGUAAUGUUGUCAUGGUAACGUGAAGAGUAGCGAUUGUGGGUUAAAAUUACUUUUUUAUAUCAGAGGAAACAAUGGCUUGCGUAAAAAAUUAGUUUUUUUUAUGUAAAUAGAUAUAUAGAUAUAUAUAUAUUGGAAACUGUAGGGAGCCUCCUUAAAAAACUCAUUAAUAAUUCAUAAAGAAAACACAAAGAAAAGUCAUAAGCGUGACGUAUCUGUAUAUGUGAUACAGAUUCAUGUUGAUUUACAUAAACUUUAACUUUCAUUUUGUCAGCUUAGACAACGUUUAUUUUUAAAAUUACUUCGCCAAUGAACUCAUAAGAUGAGUCGUUUUUUAAGCCAUUUAUUCGGCUCGAGUUUGUACAGUAUAUUCGAUACAACUAGGCCGCUCAUGUGGUAAAUAGUACUAAUAUGUUUCAUAAAAAUUAUAUGACAGAAGGUUCACCCAUUCAGCCGGAAGAAGUUUAACGAGCUGACAAACGUGCGAAAACUAAAGCGAGCUGUUGAUGCUGCAGGGAGUAGUGGUGCUACUGGGAUAAAACAAGCCAGAUUGUCUUGGCAAACCUCAAAGCCUAGCUCCAAAGUUAACCAAGAAAAUUUCUAG